UUCCGGCUAAUUGGAUAUUUUUGAAAUACAUUUUUUCAGUGUGUAAUUUACUCGAGUUUUGUGAAAAUGAAAGUGUUCGCCAUCUUCGCCACCGCAUCCCUGCUCAUUGUCAACUGCGCUUGGGCGGCACCAAGCGUACAAGACAAUCGCAUCGAGGGCGAGAAUGGUGGCACGUUAGCGCUAGCUGCCCGCUACCUUGGCAGCUGCUUUGAAGUUGAGGACAUGACCACCUGUUUGGCGGUCAAAGGUAUUACCGCAUUGAAUCGCGCUGCCAGGAGCAACAAUAUCGAACUCGUCAGCGGUGUGUCGUUCAAGAGAGAUUCCGCUUCAUCCGUAGCACGCAGCGGCAAAGCUUUGAGUGAGAAUGAAAUCUACGCUGAACUGCCUGAAAAUCCCGAAGAACGUAGUGGACGCUUGGUGGAUAUGGCUAUGCAAAAUGCUGCUGACUUCCUGGGCUCGCACAGUCUUGAAAUGAAAAUCCCCACUGAGGCUACACAAGAAGUUGCACGCGCGCUCGAUGAAGGCCGCGGAAAAUUGAAGAAAAUGAUGGGCCCCAUUGCACUUGCCAUUGGCGCUAAACUCUUCGCUGUUAUUCCAAUUGUGCUCGGCGCUUUGGCUCUGCUCACCACCAAGGCUGUAAUUGUGGCCAAGAUUGCAUUGCUGUUGGCUCUUGUCGUCAGUGGCUCACGUUUCUUCGGCGGUUUGGGCAAUAAGUUUAGCGGUGCACUCGGCGGUGGCUACAAUUCUGCCGGUUGGUCAGCAGGCAAUACGGGCGGUUGGUCGUCGGGCGCUGCAUCAUCAUACCCAUAUGCGCGCAGUUUGGAUGCUCAGCAAUUGGCUUAUGCCGGACAAGCGCCCACCGAGGAUGAACAAGAGAAAGAAAAUGAGCAAUAA